AUGUAUCAGCUUUCUAUCUUCAGAGGGAAAAGGGAUAAGCAUGGGAAGGGGAAAGUGGUGGUUGAGAGAAUAGAGAACAAAGUGAACCGUCAAGUGACCUUCUCAAAGCGGAGAAAUGGGUUAUUGAAGAAGGCCUGUGAGCUCUCUGUGCUCUGCGAUGUGGACGUUGCUCUCAUCAUGUUCUCUAGUCGGGGAAAGCUCUUUGAAUUUGGCAGCACCGACAUGAACAAGAUCCUUGAGAGGUACCACCACCGAUGUUACAACACUGGAUCAACCACCAACCUUCACCACACUCACGUACAGAUAGAAGAGGUGUCAAAGCUAAGAGCAAAAUACGAAUCUCUGCAGCGUUCCCAUAGGAACCUUGUUGGAGAAGAACUUGAAGCACUGAGCAUAAAAGAGUUGCAUACUCUGGAGAAACAAUUGGACAAAACUCUUUCACAAACCAGACACCGGAAGGUUGAGAUAAUGCUUCAAAAAAUAGCAGACACGCGCAAGAUGGAGCAGGAGCUGGGAGAUGUAAAUACUCAGCUCAAGUCAAAGGUGGAAGGACAAGAAUGCAUGCAACAAAACGAAGAACAAGAGGAAGAAGAAGAAGGGGCCAUGCUAGCAGGGAGUAGCCUAAUCCCAGAUUGUGUCCUUUGAUUCACAUAUUUAUCUGGAUGCUCCCCUGUUUUAGUUUCUAUUAUUGUGCACAUGUUAGAUAAGGUGAUGGGGACUUUGGACAUUAUAAAUAUGUUGAUGCCUAAGAUUGUAUAAAUGUUUACA